AUGGCUGCGAUACGCAAAAAAUUAGUUAUCGUCGGUGACGGUGCUUGUGGUAAAACUUGCCUGCUGAUCGUGUUUAGUAAGGAUCAAUUUCCGGAAGUGUACGUGCCGACAGUGUUUGAGAAUUACGUCGCCGACAUAGAAGUAGACGGCAAACAAGUAGAGCUGGCAUUAUGGGAUACGGCCGGACAGGAAGACUACGACCGGCUGCGGCCGCUCUCAUACCCCGACACGGAUGUCAUUCUGAUGUGCUUCUCGGUGGACUCGCCAGAUUCGCUCGAGAACAUCCCGGAGAAGUGGACGCCUGAAGUAAAGCACUUUUGCCCCAAUGUGCCGAUUAUACUCGUCGGGAACAAAAAGGAUUUGCGCAAUGAUCCGGCCACAAUUAAUGAACUUCGCAAAAUGAAGCAGGAGCCCGUGAAACCUCAGGAAGGCAGGGCGAUGGCCGAGAAGAUUAAUGCUUUCGCAUAUCUUGAAUGCUCUGCUAAGAGCAAGGAGGGAGUGCGCGAGGUGUUUGAAACGGCGACUAGAGCCGCGUUACAGGUUAAAAAGAAGAAGAAGACUAGGUGUUCUCUGCUGUAA